AAUUGUAUUUUAAGUACCAUGUCAUAAUUGUCACCCAACAAUAUUAAAGUUGUGAGAACUUCAAGACUAACAAUUUAUAUAAAUGAGUUACAAGAAAAAAAAUUACUAAUAAUUUUUAUCUUAUACUCUAUUAAUUCUUUAUUAUUUAAAAUAAAAUGAUUAUUGUAAUAACCCGAAUGGAAAUGGCAUAGAUUGCGAUCAAUAUUAAGAAAUAUUUAUAUGAUGGGUAACGAAAACUCGCAAUUAAACGGCUUAGAAAUAGAAGAGAAAGCAAUUGAAAUAACAGAUUUUUGGUCGCAUUACCAGGCAACUAUUAAAGACAGUUGCAGAUACUUUAGUUUAAAGAGUGAUGGUUCUGUUUCUGUUUUUAAAGGAUUAUCAGUAUUAGGGCCACUCUGGACAGUGUCAACACCUUUGGAAAAGUUGUCAAAUAACCUCUUAAAAUACCGUCAUCCAUGUAUAGUGAAAUAUCUAUCAGCUUGGCAGCAAAGAUCUACUUUCCAUUUAGCAACAGAGUAUGUCCAACCUCUAGCACAUAUUUUAAAUUCACAAACACCUCUUCAAAUUUGUAUAGGACUGAAUAAUAUUUUGCAAGCCUUAGUUUUUCUCCAUGAACAAGCAGGAAUGUCACACAACAACAUCUGCGUAUCAUCAGUUUAUGUAUCUGGAGAUGGGCAAUGGAAACUUGCAGGAUUACAAUAUUUAUGUACAUUUGCUGAAUCAAAUGUUGCCUAUUUAAAACAUGCUAGAAUACACAGGUAUGACAAAGCUAUAGACCCAAAUGAAGAUUCACAUGAAAUCACUUCCAAGGUAGAUCAGUAUGCCUUUGCUGUUUUAGUUGAAGAUGUUUUUAAAGGCCAUUGUGAUGAUGAAGUUCCCCAUUUGAAAGAAUUUAAAACAUACUGCAGAAAUGAUCUGCAGAAUCCGAAUCCUGAAAAAAGACCCAAUUUAUCAGAUAUACUAAAAGAUAACUUUUUUAAUCAUGAAUUCAUUUCCAUAUAUAAAUUUCUUAAUUUUCUACCUCUAAAAAAUGAGGACGAGAGGAGAGAAUUCUUCUCAAAUAUUUUGAGUCACCUCAAGUGUUAUGAUGAAGAAACUGUAGCUAAACAGCUCGGGGGAUUGUUACUGUCAAGACUUACUCUCCUAGAUCAAACAGCACGAAAAGAUGUUUUACCAUUUAUAUUGAAACCUAAAAAUGAUAGAUUGCAAAAUGGUGAAUCUGCUGGAUUCUUUUGUCUUAGCAUAUUCAAAGAACAUUUAAAACCAAGAUUACUUCAGUUGUUUAGUGUGAGAGAUGGUCAAAUUCGAAUGCUAUUAUUGUCUCAUUUCAAUAAAUUUGUCCAUGUAUUUUCCCACGAGGAGCUUGCUCGUCAAAUUUUACCAGAGUUACUUUUGGGUAUAAAAGACACAGAUGAUAAUCUAGUAGCUGCUACUUUAAUCUGUCUCAGUGAAUUAGUUCCUAUAUUGGGUGCUGAUACAGUUGUUGGGGGAAAAAGAUCAAAACUAUUUACUGAUGGUAGACCCAAGGGUAAUUUAACAAAUUCAUACACAAAAAUAGAUAAUGACUUCUAUUUGGCAAACAAAGUACUUAGAGAUUAUCAUUGCUCCCAGCCAAUUUUCCCAGUUAAUGCAAGUGCGCCUGCUUUUGAACAAACUAUUACUUUAAAUGAAAGGCCUUCUCCUGUUGGUGGUGAAUCAAUAGAAAAUGACAUAACAAUAGAUACUCAAAAAAAUAAACUUGUGGAAUCGGAAGAUGACUGGGAUGAUUGGGAUAACUCAAAUCGACAUUUAGUAACAAUUGAUAAUAUACAAGCUAAUAACUAUUAUUUAAAGGAAGAAAUUUCACAAGAACCACAGUUUACAGAAUCAAUACAACAACUUUCAAUAAUCGAUAACGAAAAACCACCAACAAAAUCUGCACUACUGGAAAAAGCUGCUCUUGAUGCUAAAAGGAAUAUAUUAGAUAUAUCUGAGCUGGAUAUAAAGAAUCAAAAAAUAGAAAUAAGCAAGCAAAAGGACGAUUUUGACUUUUUCGCUGAUAUGAUGCCAGUUAUAGAAAAACAAAAAAUAGUCACUAUUGUAGAAAAUUCGGAAAACUUUAAUAAGUUAAACUUUGUACCCGAUGAAGAAACAGAUGAAAAUGAAGGUUGGGGAGAAAAUUGGAAUGAAUAAUUUUUUCCUUGAAGGCGAUGUUAAUGACACAAAGCAAUACUGUUUGGAUUUGUGACCAGUAUAUUAUGUAUAUUGUUUGUAUAAAUGUAAAUGUAUAUAGAAAUCAUUCAUAGAAAUUAUCAUAUCAUAUUUUACUCACAUAAUAUAAAUUUCUGCUUUUGCAAUGUGAGAAUCCAGUCGGAUAACAUAGACAAGGUGUUUCAAUAAACAUAUAAAUAAUAUAUUGAAUAAGGAAUUACUCUUUAAUCCUUUUUGUACCUUAAUAAUUUAAAGUAGUGGUUGUGUAUUAUGAUAUAAUUAUGUAAAGCAAUACUAGAAAAAAAAUACAUUUUAUCACAAAUUUAAUGAAAUGCUUAAUAAUAUUAAAUACAUUCGACCAAUCGGAACAGAGCAAU